AAGCAUUAUUCAUCGUUUACUCGAGCUUUGUGCUGCUUCAGCUCAGACUCUUUUUCAUCACUACAAUGGUUGUUCAGGUCAAGUCCAACUCUCAGAACUUCAGCAAGAGCAUGGACGGAAACCAGCAUAAGGUGGAAGCCAAUGUUCUGCUGCUGGGAGCAGAAAAUGUUGGAAAAUCAGCUCUCACUGUCCGAUUCCUCACAAGAAGAUUCAUCGGUGAAUAUGGAGACAUAGAAUCCAUAUACAGUCAUAUUGACAAAAUUGACGGGCGUGAGAUCUCCUUCAACAUCUGGGACUCCUUGUAUCCACAGAGCUGUGAGACCACCGAAUCAAUCAGUGAAAAGCAGCUGCAGUGGGCAGAUGGGGUCAUCCUCGUCUACAGCAUCUGUGACCGCUCCAGCUUCGAGGUGAUACGCCAACAGGUGCAGCUCAUCCGCCAGAUGGGGAAGCUCUCUGCGUCUGUGCCCAUCAUCAUUGUAGGAAACAAGAGGGACCUUCAGCACCAGAGAGCUGUGUCCAGCGAAGAGGGCAGGCUGUUCGCUCUGUCAGCCGACUGCAGCUUCUUCGAGAUCUCUGCCGCGGAAACCUACCACGGCGUGCUGUUGGUCUUCCAUGAACUGCUGGAGCUCAUCAAAGAGUCCCGGGCCCUCAAGAAGGGAGUUGCCGGAAUCAAGGGCAUAGUGAGGAGUGUGUCUGCUGUCUUCGGGAAGAAACGAGAGUAGAGACCUUCAGUCACCAAGAUGAUGUUUCUGACAAGCUGUUGAGGUCAUCCUUGAUGAUCCGAAAGCAAAACUCAUUGCCAAAGAGGCCGAGAUCAGGGCAAACUGCUGAUCUGAUCUGAGUUUCUGGGCCCAAGUGUUUAAGUCAGGAUGGCUUUUGUAAGUUUAGGGCCCAAGAGAAGGCACUAGAAAGUUGUUUAAAGAAGUUCAGAUGUUUGCUUGAGAUACAGUGUGAGCACUGAUGAGGUGGAAGUAAGGCCUUGGGUGGAUCUACAGCCAAGUCUCUGUUGAAGAAGUAGAGAAACAGUCCGAGAUAACUCCAAUCACAGUUAGCAAGACAGUCAGACUCAGAGUUGCUGUAAGAAGUUUGUAUUUUAGGAGGAACCAAGAGGUGUACAACUAUGUUUGAGCUUUUAAAAUGAUUUGAAUUACCCUAUACGGUGUGUAUAUAUGAUGAUCUGUAUAAAUGGCUGUUAAUUUCUUAUAUGCCUGUCAUUAAGAAGUCAGGGUGAGUGCAUCAUUCCUGUAACUGUGUUCUAGAUUAUGAGAUGUGUAAUAAACAACCACACACUAAU